ACACUCUUACUCAAUAAUGUUAACAUUGUUGAUAAACACCAUCAACGUUGGCAGGUUGUUUCAUGAAUCAACGGGCAUGCGAUACUUAUAAAGGGAAACUACCAUAUAAGGAUUCAACGGCUUUGGUCGUUUCUGCUUCCAAUGAAUAUUUAGAUUCGAUCUCCAUCGACAACAAAGAGAAUAAAAUGUUGGGAUUAUCCAAAUUAUGUUUGGGUUUAAUAGAAGAACAAACAUCGAUUGUGAGCUGUCAAUCAAACUUUAUUGAAGCCAUAGAGGUUUUACAAAACCUUGGGGUGGAGAUCGUUCCAAUUAAAAUUCGACUUUGUAAAGAUAAAAUCGAAAUAAUCAAACAAGCGUUGGAAAAGCAAAGCUCGUAUGAAAAUUUGAUUUCUAUUUUACGACUCGGUGAAUUGCUUGAUGAUAAAUAUUUAAACGAACGAACGAAGCUCCUCGUGAUUGAACAAGCGUUGAAGAACAAUGACCACAUUCUUGCGAAACAAUUGACGUUAAACUUAAUGGAGGAAAAUUUCGCUUCCGUCUCAACAAUUUGUUCCCAACUUGGAGUUUCAGAAAAUCUGGAUCCAGAAUUUCGUUACCAUUGUCUUGCGUUUGCUGCCUCCCAUUGUCCAAGCAACCACCUCUAUGACAUCAUAGUCGCCACCAGAAGUUUGUUAUCUGAACAUUUCCAUCACAUUUUGCAGCCGGUGCCAAGUUUUGAGGUUACCGGGAUCGUUCAUGGAAAUAAAUCUUUCGUUGAAACUUUCCCGGGGCAAAAUGAAACGGGGCAAUAUGAACCGGAGUUUUACCAAAGUAUUGUUGAUGGGGAAGUCCCUCGUAAGAUAGUGGAUCAUUGUACAGGUUACGAUUGCAAUCCAUAUAUUAACAACAUAAUGCAUCGUCUUAUACAUCAACCUAAAACCAUCAACAUAGACAUCUUACUACAAACUGAUUUCAAACUUGGAUUGUUUUGCAUUCUAUCACAAGAAUAUGAUCUACCCACCAGUAUCGACCACCAGAUUGCUUUCUACAUACAAUGCUUACAGGCCACUUCCUCAAUGUUUGAUGUUUUGAACGAACCCUUGCAAAUAUAUCGCGUUUCUCCACAAACUUUGACCAAAUAUGGUCGGGACAUGAUUCAAGCUAAUUUGGAGGGAAAUACCCGGGAUGGAGAAGAUCUUCGUCGCGUUUAUGAUGCGUACAUCCAACAUAAUAAGGUUUUAAAGAUUUCAUCGGCCAGCGUUGGUUUGGAUAAAAAUCGUUUCUUGACAGAUGAGGAAUAUAAAAAAUGCAGCGUUUAUGGAUUGGCCAUGAGCCAGGAUUUAGAAAACUUGUUGAUCGCUGUUGUCCUAUCCAAGUUGGAGGGUUGGGAUGUUUGGGAAAUUUUCGCUUCAAACAUCGAGUAUUUACUCACGGAGGCCCCUGUUUAUGUGGAGGGUGAUGUUAUGAGGGUUGUUGGGGGGUUGGGGGUGUUGGGGGAACUUAAACGACAUGCAGAAGAUUUUAUUGGAAGGUUGAAAAAGAAUGUUUACCCACUACUUGAUGGAAAGGAAAGCGAGAAAAUAAUCGAUUAUUUUGUGUUGUUGGGUGAAUGCGGGGUUCGUGGGCAAAAGAACCAAGUUAUUGUUGACGGAUUAAAUGUUGAUGUUGUUGUUGAAUUAUUGAAGAAUAUUCAACAUUCAACAACGAACGUUGAUUUCAAGAAAUUGAUUGAAAGUAAACAACAUGUUGAUGACGUGUUGGUUGGGAUGGUCAACGAGGGAAAUGUAACGGACAUAGCGAGACUGUUGCCGCAAGUUAAUACCAACAUAACACGAAGCAACAUAAUGUUUUGGUGGGCAGCUCGUUACUUUUGGGAGGAUACGCUUGAUUGGAGUUUGGCUAAAUGUCGCAAAAGGUUGAAACGAUGCCAGGAAUGGAUUGUGGAGUUGGAGGCGGAAGAUUUGGGGAAGUUCGUGGAGGAGGUCUUGUUUUCGGAGGUGGGUUGGGGUUUGUAGUGGGUUGGUUA